AUGACAUUGCUGAUAGUCCUCGUUUUCAUCUCUCCUUGGCUGCAAGCUGCAUCGUGCUGGCGGCAAUGGACUUGGAAUACCAAUGAUUCAAGCCCCACAGCGAGACGAGGACAUUCAUUUGUAACAUUCGCGAAUCAAUUAAUAGUUUUUGGGGGACGUGCAGAAGAUACCACGAAAUCACAUUUACCGAAGACGUACGAAGUAACUCGUAUUAAUGGAUCGUUGGAAUUUUUAUCCUAUGAAGAUAAAAUUGCGUAUGAAACGGAAGCGACAGAGGUUUCUGUGGCUGUUUUUUUUAACGACAUCUGGAGCUACGAUUUAAAUUGUACCAGGUAUGCCGACAAUGGAUGCGUAGAUAGUGGCUGGAAGGUCUUAAAUUCGGGAGCCGAGUGGGGUGGGUGCAAAAUGAAUAAGAGUACAUCGGUCUGUACCCAUCCAUCAGAGCGAUGGAUGCACAGUGCAGAGGUUAUUAGUGACAAUACAAUGGUGAUUUACGGGGGCUUCGGCCCUAUGUGCGCUGACUACUGCAGCGAUUUAUGGCUGUAUGAUUUCAAACAGGGAUCAUGGACUGAAAUGAUUGAGCUAGAUAGUAGUCGACCAGGUCCAGGAAAAAGAUAUAAGCAUUCCAGUGUUGUCUUGAACGACAAGCUGUAUGUGUUCGGCGGAUUUCGUCUUUGGCAUGGAUUCGCACAUGAAAAUAGCGAGGAGAAUGACUGGAGUGGAUCAAAUCAGUACCCGAGAGGUGGUUACCUAAACGACCUUUGGGUAUACGAUCCGAUCAAGAAUACUUGGAUGAAUAUUACUGAAAAAGUCGAGUGCAGUAUAGAGUCGAGCGUGUUUACCGAUGGAAUAUUUAAUGACAUUGAUAUAGAGUGCGAAGUGACGUGGCCCCCUGGUCGUGCUGGUCAUACAUCAGCGAUCUAUGACAAUGCCAUUAUUAUUCACGGUGGGUAUCGUACGUUUUUCCCAUAUCCUACGACAACGAGUGCGGGUGCAGGACGUGGCACACGCGUUGGUAAUGCGGUUGGCUUUACGCCAUAUCCAACACAUCCGUACUACUUGAGUGACAUGUGGAAGUUUAAUAUAACGACAGGAAUCUGGACUGAAGUUAUAGCAAACGGAGAAGCUUUACCAGCAGCCAGAGUGGAUCAUAGCCUCGUAGUUGCAAACGAUGUAUUUCUUCUAUUUGGCGGCUACAUGACCAAUUACUAUUUUGACGAUACAUGGCAAUACAAUGCUAGCGCAAACCAUUGGGUCGAGCAACACACGUUCGUGCACCCUAUUUAUCCUGCAUCCUGCAUGGAUGACUUGCAAGAUCGCCGUCUUCCGCACAGCGGUGGUUACGCCGCCUAUGUCUUCUCUACACUGCAAGCAGAUAAUCUGAACGAUUACUUGUUCGUCGCUGAAAAUCAUUACGGCACGAAGACGUUUUCAGUAUUUGCAGAGCCAACUCGCGGCUCUGACCAGAAUAGCGUUUUCAUCCAGCAAGCACGACGUCAAGCACCAGGAUGGGAUGGGUGUCGAAACCGUAUUGACGGACGAGAAGAUUUACCUGCACUUCUUCAAUACGAACAUCCAUCCCAACGCUCUGGACAUAAGAGUGUUUACUACGAGAAGGAUCAAAAGAUAUUUGUCUUUGGCGGUACGAUCUUAAUAAUUGCAUUAAAAACUGCUCGUUACACGGCACUUGUCUAUCUGGGAAUUGCCGGUGUAAUGACGGCUACUAUGGUGAAGACUGCUCCAACUUUUCCUGUCCCGGAUCAUUUUGUACUUACGUCGACACGCAUCAAACUCAAAUCUGCACUCAUUGUUGUUUUUCGGGCUAUGAGCAUACGAGCAACGACUCAUACGUUGAAAACGUGCAAAAAUACCCCUGCUUGGCUCACAAUGUGCAUUACUCCAAUGGGAUUUGCGAUGGAUUUGGAAUGUGCAUUUGUAAGCCGCCAUUCAUCGGAGAUGACUGCUCAAUUCGAAAUUGCGCUAAUAAUUGCUCCGGACAUGGAUACUGCUCAGUCGAAUUUCCAAACUCUAGAUGCAUGUGCGAUGAGGGCUGGUACGGCAAAUACUGUGACACACAAAUGUGUCUUAACAACUGUUCGUAUCCAAAAGGGGAGUGCAUCAACGGAAGUUGCUACUGUGCUAUGGUAUAUGAACCAUACAACAAGACACUCGAUAAUGUCUGUCGUUUCGCUGGCGACUCGUCACAACGGAGAUAUCGUUUGCAGUUAUAGGGGUGCCUACCGAGAAUUUCAACAUGGUCAUAUCAUUGAUGACGACGAGGACGAAGAUUUAUAUGAAGGUUUUAAUUUCAGCAUUGAUCUUGCCCCACCGCAGACGGCGUCCACAACCAGCUUCAUGUCGUCGUCCUAUGCAGGUUAUAACCUCCCCGGAACAGCCUUCAGAGCACCAUCAUCUCAAAUGGGUCGACCGAUUCCUGGCUCGAGAAUGGGUACAGCUCAGCAAUCAGGCGAUGCUCGACCCAUGACCUCUGUGGCUGGAGCUGGUUUCUCGUCAAAUCCACGCACUGCAGGUGGUCAGAGAUCGUUUGAUCCGAUGGGAGAAGCUCGAAAAGCGGAAGCAGCACCUGCUUUGAUCGAAAAGACUGAAAAUUCACCGAAGGAAGUCGCCAAGGAACUCGAAAGGACAGUAGAUUCGCUUAUAGAACAAUCAGCCGUACUUAUUUCUAAGGAACAGUUCGAAGAAGCGCUGCAUUUAGCUAAAGAUGCUGGACGUAAGGAGAGAGCGUUUAACAAGCACUGUGAGCAAAGUGGAUUGGCGGACAUGGUGAACAUCGAUCUGACUUAUGCCGUCUUUUUUAACCUCGCGAAUGCAUAUCAUUUAAAUGGACUUUGGAAAGAGGCAAUACAGUCAUACACGCCGAUCGUAAAAAACAAACAGUACGCACAAGGCGGUCGGUUGCGUGUUAAUAUGGGCAAUAUCUACUUUGAACAACAACAGUAUCCUACAGCCAUUCGCAUGUAUCGCAUGGCGCUUGAUCAAAUUCCCAAUACGAGCAAAGAAGUGCGAUAUAAGAUCAAGCGAAAUAUUGGUGCGGCGCAGAUAAAACUGGGUCAUUAUCAGGAUGCAGCAGCGACAUUUGAGGAUAUUAUGGAAGGAAACGCCGACUUUCAGUCUGGUUUUAAUCUCCUUAUUUGUUACUAUGCCAUUGGUGAGCAUGAAAAGAUGCGACGAGGAUUUACAAAUCUUAUCACCAUUCCAAUGGAAGGAAUGACGGACGGAGACGAUGACGAAACCGGACUUUUUAAUGAAUCGAAGCAUGAUGACGAGCGUCAUACAUCGUCAAAGGAACAUCUUCACUUGUUAAAAACAGACGGACUGAAAGCUGAGAUUCGAGUGAGGAGAAAGAAAGCCAUGGAUUACAUGUUAGUGGCUGCGAAAUUGUGUGCGCCCGCGUUGGACAAGAAAGAUUGGUUGGCAGGUUUUACGUGGGUGAUUGACGUAUUAAAGCAGGAAAACCAUGAAAGUCUGGCGAGUGAAAUGGAGAUCUGCAAGGCGCAUCGGUAUUUGAAGGAAAAAGAAUUUAAUGGGGCAAUUGAAGUGCUCAAAGCUUUUGAAAAGAAGGACCCAGCACACAGAGCCAUGGCAGCGACAAACCUCAGUUAUCUUUAUUUUGUUGAAGGUGACACGACACAAGCAGACAAAUACGCAUCAAUGGCGGUGCGACAUCAGCGCUACAAUGCUAAAGCUCUGGUAAACAAAGGUAAUUGCCUCUAUGUGAAAAAUGAGUGUGAACGAGCAAAAGAGCUAUUUCUUGAGGCUAUUGGUGUUGAAGCAGACUGCGUUGAAGCAAUUUACAAUCUAGGCCUCGUCAAUAUUAAGAUGGGUGUAAUAAACGAGGGACUCCAAGCUUUUGAAAAACUUCACAGCAUUGUUCCGUCAAAUCCUGAAGUUCUUUACCAGAUCGCGAGCCUUCACGACACCUUAGGCAACUACAGACAAGCAGCAAAAUGGUUUAAUAUCCUUCUGUCAUGCCUCGGUAGCAAUGAUAAACGUGAACGACACACUAAGAAUGUUGCAGAUCCCGGUGUGUUAGCUCGUCUGGGCCAAAUCUUUAACAAGGAUGACGACGAGACACAGGCUUUUCAUUACCAUCUUGAGUCCUACAGACAUUUUCCCGUUAAUUUAGAUGUUAUUUCAUGGCUGGGAGUUUGGUACGUUAAGAGCGAGUUAUACGAAAAGGCCAUCCAGUUCUUUGAGCAAGCAAGCCAAAUUCAACCCAACGAAGUUAAGUGGCGGCUUAUGGUCACAAGUUGCUAUCGACGAAUGGGUUCCUACCAAAAAGCCAUGGUUCUCUAUGAACAAAUUCAUCACGACUACCCUGAGAAUCUUGAGUGUUUGAGGUAUCUAGUUGCUAUUUGCAAGGACCUUGGGCAACGGUGUGACUCAUUUCAGGCAAAAUUGGCGAAGCUCGAACGUGAGAAUGCUUUAAGCAUACCACCACCGCAUCAAGCUCCACCGAUAGGCAUUGAUCAUUCCUCACGAGAUAUCAAUGUUGAUAGUGACGAGGAACCACGAGUAUCAGUACCAUAUUAUAGAGCGCCACAGGAACAGUUGUCUCAGCUGCAAGAACCUUCGUCUUCAAACUAUAGUAAUAGAGUCAGUACGUCUGAGUCUCGAGCUCGUGACAGUGACAACAAUAGCCGAAGCGAGUACGUUGCACCGUCAGCAAAUAGAUUUUUAGCUCCCACUUUGGCAAGAACAUCGCAACAUCAAAAGCAACCAAGCAAACACGAAGAAGUGGAUGAUUGGGGAGACGCAGAUGUAAGUAAUCUCUUAGGCUAG